CGGAGGGGAUUAUACUGUAACGUAUAUGUGCAUAUUCUCGGACCCACCGUUCAAACGGGAUGACGUGCAUCCAUGAUCUUCGUUGUCACACAUGUUCCUUGACACGACGCAUGGUAAAGGAGAGCGAUGUCACUGCCAGCAGCUAAAUUUCUGGAAAAGAUAAACCUCCAGGCAGAAAUAAAGGUGUGACGACAACAGGCGGUGUCUACGGGUUCCACUGCAGGCCAGUGUGCAUGGUCAUUUGUGUGUGUGUUUAUGGUUGUGUAUGUUUAUGAGUGAGCGGCAUAGCAGUGGGGGGUUGUAACGUGAUGCCAAGAUGCUGCUCUCCCUGGGAAUGCUGAUGCUGUCGGCCACACAGAUUUACACCAUUUUCACUGUUCAGCUCUUCGCCUUCCUCAACCUCCUGCCUGUGGAGGCCGACAUCGCAGCUUACUCAUUUGACAACAAAACAGAGAACUUUGAUGACCUGCCUGCACGGUUUGGCUAUCGGCUACCCAGCGAUGGACUGAAGGGCUUCCUGAUUGGGGCACGGCCAGAAAAUGCGUGCGAGCCCAUCGAGCCCCCUCCGAGGGACAACUUGACGGGCGCCUUCAUCGUGCUCAUCAAGCGCUUCGACUGCAACUUUGACAUCAAGGUCCUCAAUGCCCAGAAAGCUGGAUACAAGGCAGCCAUUGUUCACAAUGUGGACUCUGAUGACUUAAUUAGCAUGGGAUCCAAUGAUCUGGAUGUUAUGAAGCAGAUAGAUAUUCCCUCUGUGUUUGUGAGCGAGGAGACUGCCAACUCUCUGAAAGAAGACUACACGUAUGACAAGGGGGGACAUGUGGUCCUCAUGCCAGACUUCAGCCUGCCGCUGGAAUACUACCUGAUACCCUUCCUCAUCAUCGUUGGAAUCUGCCUCAUCCUCAUUGUUGUUUUCAUGAUCACCAAGUUUGUCCAGGAUCGACACCGUGCUCGGAGGAGCCGCCUGCGUAAGGACCAGCUGAAGAAGCUUCCCAUCCACAAGUACAAGAAAGGGGACAACUACGACGUGUGCGCCAUCUGCCUGGACGAAUAUGAAGAAGGUGACAAACUCCGAGUCCUGCCAUGUUCUCACGCCUACCACAGUAAGUGUGUGGACCCCUGGCUCACCAAAACUAAGAAGACGUGUCCGGUGUGCAAACAGAAAGUGGUCCCCUCGCAAGGUGACUCUGACUCCGAUUCAGAGGAGGGCGACAGCGGCCCCGACGAGAAUGAAGAGGUGUCUGAGAGCACCCCGCUGCUGCGCUCCCUGGCCUCCACCAGCGCCCACUCCUUCGGCACCAUGUCGGGAGCGUCGCGCUCGGAGCAAGACCAGGAGUCCUCCGAGUACGAGGACGACGAGCUGGACAGCAGCGACAGCGAGGAAGAGGUCACCGUGGAGACCGUGGUGGUGCAGAUGCAGCAGCCCUGCUCUGAAGGCCACGAGCACGACCUGCCCCGAGCUUGACUGAUAGGUGGCUGACCUGAUUGGUCGCUAAAAACCCCGCCCUCCCCAGCCUCACUGCUGCAGAGACUUUUGUUGGGGGUCACGAAACAGCGUCAUCAUCCAAAUUCUUCUUUCACCGCUUACAAGACAUUGUAAUGUAUCCUCCUACAAGUUCUGCAAGUUUUAUUUUUAACAUGAUUAUGGAUUAAGUUCUGAUUUCCAGGUGUGUGACAGGAAGUCAGUGAGCAUAUCUUAGGGGCUAGUGACACUGAUGUACAGUAGACUGUUAUACUGUACUCAAUUUGGUCCGAGAGAUGAUACAGAGAUGGGUGGAGAAGUCCUGAGGUCCCUAAAAACACAAGAUCACGCUUGACACAAAGUUCAGUAAAAGUACUGUGUAUAUAACAAGUAUAGAUCACAAUAAGUGACAUCUUUACCUUUGAUUAUCUCCUGUCCUACAUGUUUCAGUGAUGGGGAACUUUCAUUAUUGUACAUACAUGUUCAUGCUACACUGACACACCUUGAACCGCUAUGCAGCAUACUUUUUGUAAAAUUAAACUAACAUUCAGCAAGUAUAGAAACAAUUAAAGCAAAUAUGGUUUUGCCAAUUUAUUUCUAUCCUGACAUUUGAAGGAGCCUAGGUGCUCCUGUCUGUGUUUUGUGCCACAGUUUGUCUGUUACAAUCAGUCACACUAAGAGAAACUGAAGCCAAACCAGUUCGAGAAACUCAUUCGAAACCUAGAAUGUUCUUCUCCGUGUGACGUCACAUUUUGUGGCUUACGCUCGUUGAAAGUGUGGAGAGACGUCCACGCUGCCUGUGGUAAACUUCUUUUGGCUGCUCCAGACCUAUCACUCAAUUUAACACAAGCAGUUAUUUGUUGAUAGGCCUUGUAAUACACGUUCAACUUAACCUUAUGUCGUUUUAAUACGGUUUAUAGUAAAUACGCUUACAUUUUUUCAUUACAUUGCCUGAUUUUUGUUCAUGAAACCUGUUGCCUUUUUCAGUUCAUAUAUUUUGUCUUGUGUUUUUUCCUGCUCAUGUAUGUACUCGAUCUGAAUUCACUUCAAUAAAAUGAAAAUUAC